AUGGCCGCUCCUCCCCGAAAGGGCGAGAACUGGGAGCUGCGCCAGCAGCUCAACAGCGAGUACCGUGACAAGCGCGCGGACGCGAUCAAGCGUGUUAUUGCAAACCAUACCAUUGGAAAGGACUGCAGUGGCCUCUUCCCGGAUGUCGUCAAGAACAUGCAAACAGACGACCUCGAGCAGAAGAAGCUAGUCUAUCUUUACCUCAUGAACUAUGCCAAGACGCAGCCUGAGCUUGUCAUCCUCGCCGUCAACACCUUUGUCAAGGACGCAGCCGACCCGAACCCGCUCAUUCGAGCAUUGGCCAUCCGCACAAUGUCGGUUCUCCGCGCCGACAAGAUUCUCAACUACCUCGCGUCGCCGCUCUCGCGUUGCUUGAAGGACGAGAACCCCUACGUCCGCAAGACUGCUGCUCUGUGUGUUGCCAAGGUGUUCGACCUCAAGCCCGACAUGUGUAUCGAAUACGGCUUUGUGGAGACGCUCCGUGACCUCAUUGGCGACGGCAACCCCAUGGUCGUCGCCAACGCCGUCACCGCCCUGGCCGACAUUCACGAGGCUUCUCUCAACAUGGCGCCUCCCGAGUCGUCGCCCGAGGGUUCGUCGCCAAAUUCAGCUCGCCUGAACAACCAGCUCUUCAUUAUUGACCACGCCACCCUGGCCAAGCUUCUGGUUGCCCUCAACGAGUGUUCCGAGUGGGGCCGUAUCGCCAUCUUGUCAACGCUGGCGCGCUACCGCACAACCGAUGUCGAAGAGGCCGAGCACAUUUGCGAGCGUGUCAUGCCCCAGUUCCAGCACGCCAACGCCGCUGUGGUGCUCGGUGCCGUCAAGGUCAUCAUGAUCCACAUCAAGAACGUGCAGCGCGAGGACUUGCUCAAGUCUCUCACUCGCAAAAUGGCUCCUCCUCUUGUCACCCUCAUCUCGCAGGCACCAGAGGUUCAGUGGGUUGCGCUUCGCAACAUCAACCUCCUGCUCCAGAAGCGUCCAGAGAUCCUUGCCAACGAGAUGCGCGUCUUCUUCUGCAAGUACAACGACCCUCCGUAUGUCAAGGUCGAAAAGCUCGACAUUAUGGUCCGUCUUGCCACUGAGCGCAACGUGGACAUUCUCCUGGGCGAGCUCAAGGAGUAUGCCUCCGAGGUCGACGUCGACUUUGUGCGCAAGUCGGUCCGUGCGAUCGGCCAGGCGGCUAUUAAGAUUGAGUCGGCGGCGGAGCGUUGCGUCAGCGUCCUGAUGGACUUGAUCGAGACGCGUGUGAGCUAUGUUGUGCAGGAGGCCGUUAUCGUCAUCAAGGACGUCUUUAGAAAGUACCCUCACAGCUACGAGGGCAUCAUCCCCACGCUGUGCGCCAACCUCGACGAGCUGGACGAGCCCGAGGCACGUGUCAGUCUCAUCUGGAUUAUUGGCGAGUAUGCGGAGAAGAUUGAGAACGCCGACGAGCUGCUCGGCACCUUCCUGGACACGUUCAAGGAGGAGAGCUACGCCGUCCAGCUGCAAACCUUGACCGCUAUCGUCAAGCUGUUCCUUAAAAAGCCAGACCAGUCGCAGGGUAUCGUCCAGCGCGUGCUGCAGGCCGCCACCAAGGACUGCGACAAUGCCGACGUCCGGGAUCGCGCAUACAUUUACUGGCGACUGCUCUCGUCCGACCCCGCCGCUGCCAAGUCGGUCGUCCUGGCUGUCCGUCCACCCAUCAACUUGCCGCAGCGCACUGUGCCGCCCGCAAUCCUCGAGGAGCUCAUCAGCGAGAUCUCGUCGCUGGCAAGUGUCUACCACAAGCCAGCCGCGACCUUUAUCGGCAAGGGCCGCCUUGGCGCCGAGGAGAUGAAGCGCACGGUCGAGCCCGAGGAGGACACUGCGCGCGAGCGUGCGCUCCAGACUGUGGUUGCGGGCCAGCAGGCCGAGAACCUGCUCGACUUUGACGCCGACGAGCCCGAGUCGGGCGCCAGCGACGGUCUGGCAGGUCUCGGCUCGCUCAGCACCGGCAGCAGCGUGAUCAGCUCACAGGCGAUCGCGUCGGCCGCCAAGUCGACCAACCCGCUAGACGAGCUCAUGGACCUCUUCUCGACGGCCAGCAUGGCCACCCCCGCCGCACCACUCGCCCCCGGUGCCGGUUUGGAGGGCCUCGCCAACUCGGUCUCCCCGCCCACCACUCUCUCCCCCUCUCCGGCUACCCCCACGGCUGCCCCUGCGGCAACAGCUGGCGGCGCCCAGGAUGAUCUCCUGGGGUUGUUCUAG